AUGACGACUGAGAGCCAGAUUGUGUUCUACGAAGACAGGAACUUCCAGGGAAGAUCCUAUGAGUGUAAGGGGGACACAAGUGACCUUCAUUCUUUUUUUAGCCGCUGUAAUUCUGCAAGGGUGAAGGGGGGCUUUUGGGUUCUGUAUGAGCGGCCAAACUACAUGGGCUAUCAGUAUAUACUGGCCCCAGGGGAAUUUCCAGAUUAUCAUCAUUGGAUUGGCUUCAAUGACUGUGUCCGAUCUUGUCGUUUAGUCAGGCAUGUAACUGGACAUCUCAAGCUGAAACUCUUUGAGAGGCCCAAUUUUGAUGGCCAAACAUGGGAAGUUACAGACAGCACCCCGUCCAUUCAGGAACGUUUUCUCUGCAAAGAGGUCCAUUCCUGCAAGGUCCAUGAAGGUCCCUGUGUGUUCUUCCAGCAUGCAAACUACCAUGGCCGUCAGUACCUCCUUGAGAAGGGAGAGUACAGACGCCACACUGAAUGGGGGGCCAUGCAUCCCACUGUGGGCUCCAUUCGCCAGAUCAGCACAGACUUACCAGCAGCUGGAAAACAAUUUAAUUGGCCCAAUAAAUAUUUUCUGGACUCAGCCAGUCCUCACACUGGCGUUUUCCGAAUCCGUCUGUAUGAGCGGCCUGACUUUCAGGGUCAGAUUAUGGAGUGCAGUGAGGACUGGCCCCAUCUCUAUGACCGCUUCCGUCACCGUGAGGUCCAGUCCUGUAACGUUUUGGGUGGAGCCUGGGUCUUCUUCGAGCAUCCUAACUACAGGGGACGUCAGUACUUGUUGGAGAGAGGCGAGUACCGCCGCUUCAGUGACUGGAAUGCCAUGAAUCCUACUGUCGGCUCCAUCCGCCUUGUUCAGGAGUUGUAGGUUUUUCAGUGUGUAGUUGAUUGUUCCUUGACUAUUUAAUAAAAAU